UUGCUCCUUGCUUUAAAACAGGUUAAAUUUUUUCUCGGCCGUGUUUGGGCCAAGUCCACUGGCCAGCCACGUCCGGACACUUUCAUUGUCGACACUGACGGCCGGAUUCGUGCCAUCACUCGUCUUGAUCGUGAGCAAACAGACGCCUACUUGUUAGAGGUGCGUGCUUGUGACUCGGCAAGUGAUCGUCCACGUUGCAGUCGACUCAAUGUGACGGUCACUGUGGUCGACAUCAAUGACAACCAGCCUGUCUGGCAAUUUCCCCGUGGCCUCGACGCCGCCAUCAACAUCACUUCUGAUCUGCCUGCAGGCGAGAUAGUGGUUCGGUUACUGGCGACGGACGCCGACGCUGGAGAGAACGCCAGACUGCGCUACUCACUCAUCGAUAAGAGCCGUCUCACAGGUGAAAUCAAAAGCCGCCAGUUACUUCCUUAG